CAGUAGCGACUCUGUGUUGCCCAGCAAUAAAACGAAUACAAGUUGAAAAUUCUCCAAUCGUCAACUCUCGAUUGCAUAGGCGCCUAAGAAGGUGUCCUGACCAUUACUCUAGUUGAAUAGCCGGGGAUUGGAACCAACAGAAGAAAAAUAUAUGUAUAUGGCACUAGCGCAUCAAUGAAGUAAUUUCUAAGGCACGGAAUUUUAAUAAAAAAUAACCAAAAAUGUCCAAUUUGCAACGCACUAUUCUCAAAAAUCGUCUCCCACCUACUAUUCCUGGUGGACGCAUCGGUAGAAGUGAUUCAUUCAAAAAGUCUCGAAUUCGAGAUUUCAAACCGACACUUUGGAGCGAUUUCUUUGCUGAAAAGGAAGAUGUAAUUUUGGAUCAAAAUCGCACUUUUCGUGUUUACCGCACAAAGCUACCGCAAAAGGCAGGACCAGUUCUAUUACUACUGCACGGCGGUGGAUAUUCUGGAUUGACGUGGUCACAUUUUUGCGUGGAGAUAACGCGUAUUAUUAAUUGCCAGUGUCUUGCAGUCGAUCUACGUGGUCAUGGUGAUACCAAAACAGAACAGGAAGACGAUCUCUCUUCAGAUACUCUAGCCCAAGAUAUAGGUGAUCUUGUGCUAAAGCUUUACACGGAGGACAUCCCACCCAUUUAUCUGGUCGGCCAUUCAAUGGGCGGCGCUAUUGCUGUCCACAUUGCACACAAGGCGCUCAUCCCGAGCAUAAUUGGCAUCACUGUAAUUGAUGUGGUUGAAGGUACCGCAAUGGAGGCACUAGCUAGCAUGCAAAGCUUCCUGCGUUCGCGUCCAACCCAUUUUAAAAGUAUACCGAAUGCUAUUGAAUGGUGCAUAAGAAGCGGUCAAAUACGCAAUGUGGAUAGCGCGAAAGUCUCAAUGCCGGGACAAAUUAUUAAUUGCACAACGAAACAGUUAGCUACAAAUGAGCUACCUCUGGCAGACGAUGAUAUCGACGAUGGUGCUGCAGGAAGUUGCUUUACACAUCCAUUCAGUAUUUCCGAAGACGAAGAAAUGGGCAACGAUAACGGAACUGGCCCAACAACUUCUGUGGUCGCUACCACUGCCUCUGGCAGCGAGAAUGACAGUAGUUCUGAUUCUACAGAUUUUAAAAAACCUUGUACUAUACCUGAUGAUACCCACAAGAGGUAUACUUGGCGUAUAGACUUGUCCAAAUCGGAAAAAUACUGGGUAGGCUGGUUUACCGGGUUGAGUGAAAAAUUCUUAAAUUUGCGUGUUCCGAAACAACUACUGCUGGCCAGCAUUGAUGGCUUGGAUAAGGCUUUAACAGUAGGUCAAAUGCAAGGACGCUUUCAAAUGCAAGUUCUGGCUCGAUGUGGACACGCUGUCCAUGAAGACCGUCCGUACGAGGUAGCCGAAGUAAUAAGUGGCUACCUCAUACGAAAUCGGUUUGCUGAAGCAGUUGGUGAAUUUCACUAUCACUUACCAGCAUGUUAAAUAUUUCUGAGUGCCAAUAAGCAGUAAAAGAAAAUUGGUUGAAUUAAGAUGCUAAAACUAAACCUCGAGGAAUGCCGUCAAACACAAGAUCUUAAGUAUCUGGGUAUAUUCCACAAAUAUGCAGAAAUUUUAAACGCAAAAAUAAUUAUAUUGAAGGAAAUAUUAAUAUUUAAAACUUGCAUUACUUAAUUGAAGAAAUUUAAAUAAAUAAUUUAACUCCAUUGAACU